AUGAUUGAUAACAAAAGGCAUUGGCACGACAAGCUACCAUUUGCUCUCCUUGGAUAUCGCACUACAGUCAGAACAUCAACAGGGGCAACGCCUUAUCUUCUGGUCUAUGGAACUGAAGCUGUAUUACCCGCGAAAGUUGAAAUACCAUCUUUGAGGGUCAUCCAGGAAGCCGAGUUGAGCAAUGCAGAAUGGGUGAAGAAUCGGUAUGAACAACUAAUGCUUAUUGAUGAGAAGAGAAUGACUGCACGCAUAUUCCCGCACCAAAAUGAAGCUAAAGGAAUGUUUGCACCAAAUUGGAAAGGUCCGUACAUGGUGCAUCGAGUAUUGACCGGAGGAGCACUGAUUCUAGCAGAAACGGAUGGUGAAGUAUGGCCCAAGCCCAUCAAUGCAGAUGCAGUCAAGAGAUACUACAUCUAG